UUGUACUUUUUCAAUUACUAUCCAACUUUUCUCACGAUCUAUUUUUUCGUGUAUAAACAGUAUAUACACCACACUACAACACACACAUCCACCAACCGACCUCACAAAACCACAAAACUCAAACACAAUGUCUAAGCCCACGCCCGCGAUAACCCUCUUCCGCGGCUCGGACACGCCCCGGCAGUACGUCUGGUCGCCCUUCGUCACGAAACUCGAGUUCCGCCUGCGCGUCGGCGGGCUCACGUACACCCCCGCCUGCGGCUCUCCGCGCGCCUCUCCCACGGGCCAGAUUCCCUACAUCACCCUCACUUCCCAAGACAAGGACGGGGACGUGAAGUCGCUCGGCGACUCCACGCGCAUAACGCAGCAUUUCAUCGCCGCGUCGGCGCUGCGGGAUCUGAACGCGGGUUUGAGCGCGAAGGACGCGGCGUUGGAUGUGGCGUUGAGGUGUCUGAUCGAGGAGAGGUUGAAUGCGUGUCAUGGGUAUGAGCGGUGGGUGGUGAACUACUAUACGAUGCGUGACGGGGUGCUGGGGUCGAUACCGUGGGCGCCCCGUGUGUUGAUUGGACUUCUGGCGGCGAGGAAGAACGGGGUGAAGAUGGAGGCGGCGGGUCUUGCGGGGCUGAGCGAGGAGGAGGUGUUUAGGAGGGUGGAGGCGGUUUGGGAGGUUGUUGCGCGGUUGUUGGAGAGUGCGAGGCCGAAGAGGGAGGGGGACGGGUGGUGGGUUCUGGCUGGGAAAGAGCCGACGGAGGCGGAUGCGACGGUUUUUGGGUUCGCGGCGAGUGUAAUGGUUUGUGGUGCUGCGGGCGGGAGUAAGAGGUUGUUGAGGGAGAAGUUUCCGGUCAUCGUGGAGUGGGCGGGGUGGGUUCAUAAGGGGUGGUUUAAGGAGUAUGAGUUGUGGAAGGAGGAAUAGGUGGAGUGGUGUACGGUCGCGUGAAUAAUUGAGGAGGAAGAAGCGUUGUAGUCUUUGCGGUGC